CGCCUGGGCUCGAAUGCAUCUUGCAGGUGAAGAAUUGCACAGUUAACGCCAAUCCUUUCUUGACGGCAGACACACAACUUUCGACUGGUUGCUCCGUUGCACCGUUUUGUGUUUACGUUGUGCUUCUUUUUUAACCUUUUCUGUAUUGGCUCUUGUAACCGUUAAAAAUAUAAACGAUAAACGAGCGCACGAAUAAUUGCCACCCGGGACGUGUUCUGAUAAGCGCCUCGGUCGGUACAAGCGCAAGUCGCCGCCAGGCCCCGAUCGUCGAUGGCGUAUAAAAGUGCUAAAAGAGAAAUUUUGCGCUUUUAGAAUGCUUGUAGGCUCUCGCUGGUCGUGCCGUGCAAACAUCGAUCGUGCGUGAUCGGGAUUGGGUUUCGUUCUAGAGGGUGGAAACAAUGCAACUUAAGUGAAAGAAUCGGCAUGGUGGACACUAACAAAGUGAUGUUUGCCGGUGGACUGUCACGGUGGUUAGGGAUACUUUCGGUCGCGAUCAGCUUGCAGCUCGUUGUCGGUGGUGAUUGGAACUAUUUCAAGUGCUUCGAAACGGUCAAACGAUGCCCGAACCAGAAUGUGUCGUUUUAUCUCUACACGAGAGAAACACAAAACAAUCCCACCCAGCUGGACAUGUUCAAUCCGGAAUCGGUCACGAGCGCCAACUUCAUCAAGGGACGUCCGUUGAUUGUGCUAAUCCACGGGUACACUGGCCAUCGCGAUUACGCUCCAAAUCCAACGAUUCGCCCGGCGUACUUCGCCUACGACGAGUUCAACAUCAUAUCCGUCGACUACAAUCCUCUAGCUCUUGAGCCUUGCUACCUUCAAGCCGUACGCAAUCUGCCCACCGUGGCGAACUGUACCGCCCAGCUGCUAGACUUCAUCGUCUCCAACGAUAUCAUCCCGCUGGACGACAUCCACGUGGUGGGCUUCAGCCUCGGCGGCCAAACUUCCGGCAUGAUCGCGAACUAUCUGCGGGCUGGCCGGUUGAAGCGCAUCACAGGGCUGGAUCCGGCCAAACCGCUGUUUGUGUUUGCCUCGAACGAGUACAAGCUCGACCAGACGGAUGCGGAGUUUGUGCAGGUGAUCCACACGGACGUGUUCCAGCGCGGGAUAUUGCAUCCGAGCGGCCACACGGACUUCUACGUGAACGGGGGCGUGGUGCAGCCGGGGUGCGAUGCGACCACGAUGAUGACGACGGGCGAGUGCAACCACAACCGGGCGCCCGAGUACUACGCGGAAUCGAUCGGCACCGAGGUGGGAUUCUAUGGGUAUCGGUGCGCCCACUGGUACCUGUACAUGCUCGGUAUCUGCCGGGGUGGAGGCCCAAACGACCAGAUCGCUAUUAUGGGAGCGCACACACCCAACACAACCCGAGGCCUCUACUUCCUGAACGUUAACAUGAUGCCGCCUUACGCAAGAGGAAGCAAUUACACCUUACGGGAGGAACUGGCAUCCAUAUCGGCCAAUAUUGGGGGUCCACCACCACCACUACCACCACCGCCACCGGUCAACUAGUGACAUCAAACCAUGCCAACCAAUCACCAACCAGGACUUCCAAAUUUGCUUUACAAAUUGGGUUCACACUAACGUCUGUAUGUUCAAUGUUUUUUUGGAUAAAGGAGCGUUAAGUUUACAGAAAUAAAGUAUGCAAAAAAACCCUGAA